CAGGAUUUUCCAUUUAAUAGGAUGCUAAAACAAUGAAGCUAAUCAGAACCGGAGAACGAAGACAUGCUCUUCUGCUGGCCGCCUGGGACUCGGAGUAUGUGAAGAAGGUGUACGGUAGUUAUUUGGAGGUGUUCGUCGCUGCUUUCGGCGGAGAAGGAGAGAGGUGGGACUUGUUCAGGGUUGUUGACGGAGAGUUCCCCGACAUGAGCGAGCUGUACAAAUACGAUGGGUUCGUAAUCAGUGGCAGUCCCCAUGAUACUUACGGUAAUGAUCAAUGGAUUCUCAAGCUUUGCUUCCUGUUGCAGACACUUGAUGCCAUGGAGAAGAAAGUCCUCGGCAUCUGCUUCGGCCAUCAGAUUCUAUGCAGGUCAUUGGGGGGAAAAGUUGGGAAGGCUUGCAGUGGAUGGGAUAUUGGGUUGAGGAAAGUGAAAAUUGUGAAAGAUUUGUCGGUCCCAAGCUUCAUGGAGGAGUUUGAUGAAAUACCAUCUUCACUGUGGAUCAUAGAAUGUCACCAAGAUGAAGUGUUUAAGGUCCCGAUGGGAGCUGAUGUGAUUGCAUCUUCGGACAAGACAGCGAUCGAUAUGUUCGGAAUUGGACAACACAUUCUUGGCAUUCAAGGCCACCCUGAGUACACUAAAGACAUCCUCUUCGACCUCAUCGAUCGACUUCUCAACAACAAUUCUAUUCAGAGAGAGUUUGCUGAGAAAGCCAAAUUAGGAUUGGAGACGGCUGAAUCUGAUAGAAAGAGCUGGGAAAAGAUAUGCAGGAAUUUUCUUAAGAGAACACAUCAUUUCAGCUUUUCUUGAUCAUGGCUUUCAUGGAAUUUUUCAACCAACAAAACCCAACUGUACCUAAAUACAUUAAAGUUUCCACACAUAUUUAUAUGCUUUUUCCCCCCUUAGACAUGAAACAAAGUGAAAUAUAUCCGUCACUCACAGAUUUA